GGGCGGAGGAAGCCGAGAUCCCUGCCUGCGCAGACAUGCCAAGACGGCUAUUUCCUUCCUUUUUCUUUUUUCUUUUUCUGCGGCUAGCUAGAAAGUUUCUAGUAGAAACGUCGGUGUUAGUAUCGGGUCAACGAUCCUUCUUCGGUGGGGAUUUCAGAGGGAAGCAGCGCUCGGGCCAGGCUGAGCGCCUCAUGAGACCGAGCGAAAAGAGCAAGACACCUACGCGCGGCUGGCAGCGUCACUCGAGAAGACAGCCUGCUCAGCUCGGGCCACUAUUGGCAGCAGGUACCUGAGGCGUCCAUUGAGCCCGGAAAUCCCCUCGUGGGAGGAGUAACCAGCGAGGAGCUCCGACCGAUUCUCCCGAGCUGGAGCUUGGGGUCGCCACCGCUUGUCUCCCCAGCUGUGCUCUCACCCACUUUCCUGGAUGUGGCCACAGCCAGGAUGCUGCCCAAAAGUCUUGGACUCCUCCUUGUCUUGUUUCUUUGGAUUCAGAGAAUUGUGAAUGAAACAGAAGUCAAGGGCAUAAUAGGAAAUACUGUUGAACUAAAAUGCCAUUAUCAUAGGAAAGAAAAAGAAGUGUUCAUCUUAAAUAAGUUUAGAGUUCAUUGGCAAAUAAACACAUCGUUGUAUUGCUACGUGGCCGCCUAUUAUCCCGAUGAAGAUCAAAGUCACCAAUGCAGAGAAUUCAGCAACAGGACUCGAUUUAAUGAAAAACUGAAGGAGGGUGACUUUUCUCUGACGCUGUUAAACAUCAGUCGUAAAGAUGAGCACAAGUAUGAAUGUAUUAUACAAAGAAAUGAAAAUGUCGUCUUUGCAGUCGUUCAGCAUACAUAUAUAACCCUCAAAGUAGCAGCAAAUUACAGCAAUCCAGUUCUAACAGGUUCAGGGCAAUCUGAGGAAGAAAUGAACUUUACUUGCAGUUCUAGCCAUGGAUAUCCAAAAGGAAACAUCUAUUGGAUAAAUCAAACAGACAACAGCCUCUUGGAUGCAAAACAAGUGUUCACUGAAGAACCUGAUGGGACUUUCAGAGUUUCCAGUACACUGACAACUAAAAGAACUUCCAAUAUAAAAUUAGAGUGUAUCAUUGAAAAUAAGCAACUGAACCAAAACCUGACUACCACCUUCACUGCUAUAAACAAUACAAGCCGUCAUUCUGCAGAACCUGAUCAACCUAAAACAAAUGCCAUAGUCAUAGGUGGUGUUGCAACUGCUAUAGUGAUUCUUGCAAUAAUUCUGAGCAUCUGGCUAUAUAAAAGGCAGCAACGAACAUAUACUGAUGUCUGUCAAAAUGAAGCAGCAGCAAAUUGCAAUGCUCCUGCUGAAAUUGUACGUUUCUAGAGGUCUUGACUGCCGAAGAGAGAUUGAGAGAGACCUUGAAGGAAACAGAGUGGCAUCCCUUUGAACAGCGGUGCUUGUGUGUGGGUUUUCUGCAGCAGAGCAUGGACUGAAGCAAACCAUUUACAUGUGACCUUAUGGAUUGCCAUUCUGGUAGUGAAAAAAAUAGUUGCAGCCAGUGCUGUUUAGAAGAAGAAAAAAGAUGACACUAGAGAAUCAAUCCUCUGAAAGAAAACUAGAAGUGCCUUUUCUAGGCUCAGCCUAGGACUGACACCAUAAGGAAAGUUGAGCCAUCUGAGGGCUGCUUCCAGUCAGAACUUCUCAGUAUGGAAGGAAAAUAUCUUCCAUACAAACAAAGACUGUCACAGAUGCUGAGGUGGGACUCCCUUGGUGGGAAGAGCCCUCUCUCAGGCAAAUGGAUGUUGGCAGCCUACUGUGAAUCCCUUACAGACAAGGAUUCAACCCCUCCUCCACACCUCCUCUGGCUCUGGUAGGAGUCAUGACAGGAGGCAUUUAUCUCUCCUUGUCUUGUAUUUAGGCCUUUGGCCUAGUGAUGCUGGAGUGGGGCAAGAAGAAGAAGCCCCAAGAUGGACACACGGAUCCCGGCACCUCCAGUUGGAGGCUUCUCUCAGGUCUAAAGCCUUUCAGAAAAAAGUACUUCACACAAAACAUUAUUAAUUUAUAGAAGUCACUGCCACCAGAUGUGGUGAUGCACACUAACUAGCUGAGAUGGCUUUAAAAGGGAAUUGGGCAGCUUCUAAGUCUGGGGAGAGUUGAUGGGAAGGAAGGAAUAUGGAAAUCACUCCAUCAGCAAAUAGUGAAAUAUGGGUAAUUGGGGGGUUUUCUCGAUCCAUGAGUUCCAGGAUUCAUUUGCUAAACAAUAUAUGCAGUUAUGCUGGCCUUGGGCUGAAAUAAACAAUACACUUACAAUAUAUGCAGUGCUUGGCCAGCCCGGUAUUGGAAGAGGGCCAUUUUAAGCUGGUAGAUAUUUAGAUCUUUAUAGCAUUUGAUGUCUUCCUUGAUGAGGAUCUUGCCUCAGCAACUAUUUCUGAAGUUUCCUUUAUACCACCUCUUUGCCUUUCAAUCUCACUGCCACCAAUUAUUCUUAAAAUUCCCUGGAUAAAAAGGGAUAGGCAUUAGGUGCAGGAAAGAACCAAUCAAAGAGACAAAGUGUAUUUUAAGCUAAAAGUAUUGUGUUGUAUUAUGUAAAUUUGCCUCUUAGUUCUAUACAGAAGUAUAUACAGAAUAGAGGUGAUGUGCUUAUUAAAAAUAUUUAGAGGCACAGUUCCAAACAAACUGUGGCUGCAGUGACUCUCCCUGAUUAUACUACAUUGCCAAUUUCCUUGAAAGGAAAUUUAGAUUUUAACCGGGUCCUCUGUCCCCCUGCCAGCCAAGGUGCCCAGCAAAGCCUUCCUCUGCCUAGUCUACCUGACUGCAAGUGAUUGCUGCUGCAGACAUACCUGUCAUACCUGUUCCACCUCAGUCCCAGACCAUGGAAAGCUACUGUGAUUCCAGCUUCUCUCUUCUCCCUUGCCUUGCCUCGCAGUCUUUUUCUUCUAGCCUUCUCCUCAGCCUCGAUCUUUCUUGACUAUCUCCAUUUAAGGAACUUUUCCAGCUGAACUUACUUAACUACUAGUCUUAAGUAGCCUUAACUGUCUUUUUCACUCUAAGGCUCCAUCAGCAAUACAACCACUAUCAGCACUUUCUAGCUGCUGUACUUCUCCUGCCUUGAAACCUACCUAGCUGGUUCUGCCAAGCAACAGCAACAUAUGUCACCAAGAGAAGCCUUAACCAUGGGCCUCACAACUUUGGCCCUUUUAUUGCUGAGCAAUAAAACAGCAGAAGUGUUCUUAUCAAGUUUACUCUGACACAUGGCCUUUUUUUCUUCAGAAUCCUUUUAAAGGGGACUGACUCUCCACCUAGCAUUUGACUAAAUUAGUUUCAUCCUCAUAAAUUAGGACUGGAGUUCGUGGGUGCUCAUUCUUCAUUUCAAAUAAUUUCAUGGAGUUGCCAUAAGUGUUGUUAGAAUAUCUUUACUUUGGUCUUCAUUCAUCAAUUUUCAGCAUUCUGAGCCAAAAUCUGUUAGUGUCCACCACCACCCCUCCCCCAGACAUCUGUGAUGAUUGGCUUGGUCUUGAGACACACACUUUAAAGCUCAGAAUAAAUUACAGUCUUGUGAAAUGUUCCAACUAGAUUUGUAUUCAUUUCUUUUACAUCCACCAGAGCUCCAUUGAUGAUGAUGAUGAUGAUGAUGUUGUUACAAAUGUUGACUGUCUCACAAGUCAGUCCUAGACGUCAAUGAUUACUUACUUGAACACUUUCCCCAGUAAGCAUGCUUGAGAAUCCUAUAUAAUAAAGCCCUUGCGUGUGCGCCCGUGUCUCUGGUGUCUGCGUCCGUGUCUCCCUCAGCUGAUCUGGGCAUGCGCCGAGCGCAUGCCCAGAACACGCCAAGGGAGACACGACCGCAGGCACCAGGCGGCCAUGUUGGCCAGUUGGUCGCCUGGCCAUGGGGAGGCCAGAGGCGGCACCCGCGGGAUCGGCUGGGCUGCGGGGAGGGCAGAGGCGGCAGCGGCGGGACCGGCCCUGCCGCAGGGAAAGCCGAGGCAGCGACGGCGGGUCCGGCCCGGCCGCGGGGAGGGGAGAAACGGCGGCGGCAGGUCCGGCCCAACCGCAGGAAAGGGAAAGGCGACGGCGGCGGUAUCAGACCGGCCGCGGGGAGGGGAACUGCGGCAGCAGCGGGACCGGACCGGCCGCAGGAAAGGGAGAGGCAGCGGCGGCGGCGGGUCCGGCCCAGCAGCAGGAAAGGAAGAGACGGCUGCGACGGGACCGGACCCGACCCGGAAGGCAGAGAAACGGCGGCGGCAGGACCGGCCUACUAGCGCCUGUUAUUUUAACGGGCUUAAAAAUACUAAUGCAUUAUAAAAGUGUUGUUCCUUCCUUGCAGUCUUCAGUUAUUGUGUAUAUUCCUGUCCUGUAAAUAAGCAAUAUUUGAACUGAAAACUUUUGUGAAGCAAAUACCUUAUCUGUUUUCAAGUUAAACCUGUGGGAAACAAUUCAGUGUUACAAAAUUGAGUGUUUGGGGGUUUUGUUUUAUUUUUAGUAAGCUGCCAUUGUCUGUUCUUGACUAAAUGAUCAACCUGUAAGAUGUGAAUACUUCUGCCAUAAGAAUGCCAUUGAUUUUUAUUCUCGUCAAUUCUUCCCAGACUAAUUAUGCUCUAUAAUUAAACAUAAUUAUGAAUGUU